ACGCAGGCGCAGCCCUUCUUGUUCAACAGUUGUGAAUUGCCGGCGCUCGGGCUACCAGGGAAAGAAAACCCCUCCGCAGGUGUCCUCUGAAUUCAACGAGGGAUAACCCCGUUAUUUUUCCACCGAAAAACAUGGUGGUGGUAACAGCCGGGUCCGCGGGGCCCCACAAAGUGCUCCUGAUAUCCGGGAAGCAGAGCGGCCUCUCCCAGGUGGGCUACAACCGGCCCAUCUCCGUCAUCCUGCCGCCGUCCAGCCCGGCGUCGUCGGAUUCGGACUCCAACUCGUCCGCGGGGCCGCCGGUACGGAAGCGGCAGAGGCUCACGCACCUGAGCCCGGAGGAGAAAGCCCUUCGCAGGAAACUCAAAAACAGAGUCGCCGCUCAGACAGCCAGAGACAGGAAAAAGGCCAAAAUGGGGGAGCUGGAACAGCAAGUCCUGGAAUUGGAACUGGAGAACCAAAAACUUCACAUUGAAAACCGGCUACUUCGGGAAAAAUCAAGUGGCCUACUGACAGAAAAUGAGGAACUGAGACAGAGACUUGGGCUGGACACCCUCGACUCAAAAGAGGAGGUUCAGUGUUUGUUGUCCACCGUGAACGACGCAGGUUUGGGGAUCGGGUCUUCUGAGUCCGCAGCACUCAGGCUACGUGUGUCCGCAGCAGGUGCAGGCCCAGCAGUCCCCAAAUCUGAAGACUUCUCAAUGGAUACAGAUGAUUCUGACACUUCAGACAAUGAGUCUGAUUUGCUCAUGGGCAUUCUGGACAUCCUUGACCCAGAGCUGUUCCUCAAGUCCUGUGAACAGGAGUGCCAGGAGCCGCAGGUGCUGCUGGUCGGAGGGGGGGACGCAGUACCUGCCGCCACACCUGCGCCUCUGGGGGCCCCACCAGUUAAGCUGGAGGCCCUUAAUGAACUGAUCCACUUUGACCACAUCUACACGAAGCCCGUGGAGGAGGUGGGCGGCGGUCAGUGCGACGGCUGGGAGAGCGACACGGAGGACGAGGAGGAGGAGGAAGAAGAAGAAAAGAAGAGCGACGAGGCCUCGUUCCCCCUCGGCGUCAGCGGCGACGACGACGUGGUGGUCGAGGAGGAGACGGUCUGCGUCAAAGACGAGCCGGAGGAGGUGGUCAUCCCCGUCUGUGACGCUCACAGUGCACUGGAUGACUUUUUCUCCGGAGUCUCCCCCGCGGCCCUCAGCGGCCUGGACAAGGAAGCCUGCCUGGCGGACACCUACAGCGACUCUGGAUACGAGGGGUCCCCUUCCCCUUUCAGCGACAUGUCCUCGCCCCUGUGCUCCGAGAGCACCUGGGACGACAUGUUUGCCAACGAACUCUUCCCCCAGCUUAUUUGAAUCAACCACCCGGCCCCAAUAAGUUAUAAUAUAUAUAUAUAUAUAAAAGAUAUACACGUAUGAGAGCUCAUGUGUAGUGUUUCAACAACUGCAGAUGAGCACACAACGCUCUAUGGUAACCUAGGACUCCACUGAGUAAUAUAUAUAUAUAUAUAUAUAUAUAUAUAUAUAUAUAUAUAUAUAUA